AUGACAGUCGACGAAGAAGAGACGCAGCCUUGGUCGCUGCAGGCGGCAUGGAAUGAUGAUCUCUCCGUGGUGCCUGCGAGCUCUGAGUCCGUGAGGACGGCUGAAAGCUCGGCGGGCACGGACCUGGAGGAGGACAGCGACUGGAUGAUGCCUCUUCAACAGAUGGAGGCCAUCCGGGAUGCUCCUACCCCAGCGUGGUCCGACAGGCCAGAAGCUGUCGAUUAUCCGAAGGUCCCUCUUGUGGUGGAAACUGCGCGGGAGCUUGAUAUCUACAAUCACUCCGUGCAGUGGACUUGGAGUGAUCCUGGGGAUCCAGGAAAUGAGUGGAGGCCUCGGGAUGCCGUGGGCCACGUGGAGGAAGAUGAAGACGAGGAUGAGAAGAUGGAGGAAGCUGAGGAGGAAGGUGAAGAAGAGGAUCCCUGUGUGGACCCAGUGUCCCCUCGGGUUGCAGAGAAGGCGCUCGCGAUCCUUGCUGAGGGCAAGGCCGACUGGAGAAAGCCUGAGGAUGAUGGUGCUGAGGUGCAAGGCCAAUGGGGCAACCAUUCCGAGGAUGAUUGGAUGCAGGGCAAUCAUGGUGAGGAAUGGAAAAAGGAAGCAGGUGCUGACCUGCAGAAUGAGGCCUCGCAUCAGCACUACGAGGAGUACGAUUCGGAAUGUGACAUGAUGCCGAUGGUAGAUCAAAAGGUGGAUGGCUUGUGGUAUGGAUGGGAAGGUGCAGCAAAGCAUCCAUCGUGGGUGCCUCACCUUCCUCGGAUCCCCGAGGAUUUUACUGCAUGUAUCUGUGUGUAUAUCAAUAGACACACAUGUAGGUAUAUAUAUAUAUCUCUCUCUCUCUCUCUCUCUCUCCUUCUCUCUCUUUAUGAGAUAUGUUGA